CCCUCAAGACAAGGCAAGGCAGCGCCACGUGGAGAGGUGGACAAAGAACGGCAGUUGCAGUCAAGCCUUUAUUCUAUGUUCAUCCUUGGUUCCUUGCUCACCACAUAAGGCCACCAUGGGAAAGCAGAAGAAGCGCAAUCCCUUCUUUUACUACAUGCAGGAGAGGAGGCCUGAGAUAGAGAGGAGACUGAAUCGAAAAGUGACAAUAGCCGAGAUGCCUCAACAUGUCUCCCGGGAUUGGCAGACACUACCAGACUCCGAGAAGAACAAGUACAAGAUGAUGUGUGGCCAAAACCAAGAGAAGCUGGACUGUCGUGGCGUUCCUCUGCGUCAGCUGGAGGAAGCUGCUCAGGAUCAGAGAAGGCAGGCAGAGGUGAUGAAGAGGAGCAUUGCAGAAAUGGUGGACGUCUAUCAUGCUGGACGAGCGCUACACCAGGCCACUUUCUUCAUUGUCUGCACCAACUUCUAUGUUCACACUGACAUGGACCAUUAUGUCCCUGCUGAGCUGAGCAUCCUGCAGUUUAGUUUCAAAUAUGGCAUAAUGAGGGAGUUUCAUGAAACAGUCAAAGCCUUCAUUCCUCGGUCCUAUGCUGCCACAGCAAGGAAACACUCCCAGGACACACACAACUUGCUGCAAGACCCUGACAAUAGCCAUGGAGUGACCCAUGAAGAAAUGGCUGAAAAUAUAACAAAAUUCUUGUCAAAUGGCUGGGAUGAGGAUGUGCCCUUGUACACCCUUCACCAGGAAAUGGAGCAGACAAGGCAAAUACUGGAGACCAUAACAGGUGAGGAGUACAAGAUAUACUCCCUGGACAUGCUGUUUCAAUUCAUGUAUUCAGCAAUAGUGCUUACCAUCCCAUUGUCUGUGGCUACUGACUUGAUUACUGAGUGUGGUCUAGACUUCCACCCCAACAUAUCUUGCCCAUGGCAUAUUGCCAACCAGAUGGACUGUGGAAGGUUCUGCACUCUAUCCACUGUGAGGCGCUGGUUUUAUUACAUGUGUCAGCAUAUUGAUCUCAAGAACAACCUUGGGGUGAUGCCCCAGGAGGGGAAACAUUACCCUUAUAAGGAGCUGAAGGAAGGGGUGCAGAGAAGCAUGUCCUGUCUUACUCUGGAGGACUCCGACUCCGGUGAGGGUGCCAGCUGUGACUUGUGGUCUCUGGUUGGUCAGAAGUUUAAUCAUUCUACAAGCUCAAGUAGUGCAGAUUUCCUCCCAAAGGAUGGACAUGCAUCUCAGAGAGGAAAGCAAUGUGAAGACACAGAAGGUGAGGAAGAUGUGUGGCCAUGGCCCACAAUGGAACUGAAUUGAAAAUUUUUACUUCUGAUUCAACUCGGGGAGUCAGAAUGCCUCCCACAGAUGAAUACACUUGAUUUUUACCUCAAGAGUAGAUAAUUAAAACUGUUUCAGUUGGCAUAGCAAAUAUUAAUAAAGAUUAUGAUUUUAAUUUGUAACAUUUUAAAAACUUUAUUUGUGUUCCUAUUCUUGAAUUAAGGAAAUGUGAUAAUUAUGUUGAAUAUAGUUUUUUCAUAAGCUGUAAUUUGAUAUUGAUCAUAGUCAGUUUUGUGUUUCUUUGCUGUGACAGGAAGUACUGUACUGUAGUUCCUCCCACAUCUCGCCUGACCAUGUUCUAAGCAUUAUAGCUUCUAGAACAUGCUAUCAACUGUGUGUGAAGAAAAUAGUGAUUUAAUAUAAGAACUGGAAAGGUUCACUUGAUUAUAUAGUGCUUUAAGAUACUAAUUUGUAGAGAAAUGCCAACCAGUGAUGUCUUAAGUUGGUAUUGUUUUUGUUAUGAUUUUUAAACUUAUUUUUAAUGUCACUUUGGCACCCAGGUUAAGGUGAAAAAUAUGUUGGUCAGUCACCAAGUACAUAUGUGUAGCUUUUAUUUUGGUGAAGUAAAGAAUACAUGCUAUACCUGA